AUGACUGAUUCGGACCUAAAUUCGCAACCAGAAGAGCCUCCUUCGAACUUGAAGUCUCCACUGGCUCUCGCAAUAUCAGCUAUUCUCGCUCUUAUUCCCGUCUCCUCUGAUCCAGAUCCACUAUCCAUUCAAUCAGUAUGUGCUAGGACAUUUUGGGCAGAGAAGUUUGCACGGCUUGCAAUGGAUCGCGUUGAUGCCGACUUCGAGUAUCUUGAACCAGCAAAUGGCUUCAGUCAACCUGAAUUCAAUGUUUCCACAGUCCCUACUAUGGGACGCCCUCAUUUUCAUCCCGAGGUCCCCAUUCAACUUGAGAGCAUCUUUGCACUUAUUUUACUAAGUAGUUAUGAGCACAACCACCGUGGAAAUGUUUUGAAAAUGAGAAACCGUGCUGGGCAAGCUUUCAUUGCGGCGAAAAGCUUGCGACUUCAUUGCCUCGGUGAAGAAGAACAUAUAUUUGCUGAGGCACAAAGAAGAGCAUGGUGGAUGACAUUUUACUGCAUGUGCCAAUGCUCGAUCGUUAGUCACGAUGGAUUCUCUAUCAUCGACGAAGAUGAUAGUUCUCUUGAUACGCCAUACCCCAUUUUAACAUCCGAUCCUGAUAUUUGGGGUCUCUUUAUAAGCGCCGAAAAGGCCUUGGUUGCGACAGUACGGUUCACAGCUCGUUUCAGAUCGUUAUUGAUGAACACCCACGGAACCCCAAUCCCCAAAGAUUUCAAUCGAAUGCAGCAGCUUGACCAGAUGAUAUCUUCCCUCAUCGCUAAUAUCAACGCUUUGCCUCCGAUCUCGACGGCAUCAGAUAAACUAUGUUCACUCACUUCUCAGAAUCUACGCCUUCUCACUCGUAUAAAAUUGAACAGGUAA